GGUUCCGUCAGCAACUUUCCACCACACCUCCUUCCAGGAAGCAACCUUAAAACUGCCCCAAAGUCUCCCGCCGCCCCUUAUUUAACAGCCCCCCUGUUUGCCCUGCUUUUCCACAACACGGAUCGAUCGGCCAGCGCUACUCAGUUUCAAAUCGAUCGAGCUGCGAUUUCGAUCAAUUUCCUUAUUUUCUGUAACAUGGACGCUCUCGGAGUUCGUCGAAAGCAGAACGCGAGAAAUGGCAAGAAAAAGAGGCAGGGAGUUAAGGUCGUGUACAUAUCGAGUCCGGUGAAGGUGCAGACGAGCGCCUCGAGGUUCAGAGCUCUGGUGCAGGAGCUCACCGGCAGAGACUCCGACGCGGCGCGGCUCGUCGAGGCGAGUGGCGUUUGCUAUUCGGAGACGGUUCUCGAUGGAAGAGGAUUUAAGGCGGUGAGCGGUUCGUCUCAGGCGGUGGAGGCUAAUCUGGAGUCGCCGACGAGCUCUGAUUCUCGCGUGGAAGAGUGCUUCUUUGAUUUUCUUGAUCCGUGCAUGUCGUUUGAGGUUUCGGAGAUGGAUUUUUUGGGAGACUAUCCCUCACUGUAAAUUGGAGAUCUUAUGUAUGUUCUAGUUUAGACUAGAUAUUUUUAACGAAUGAAUAUAAAUAAAUAUAUAUAUUAUUUAUAGCA